GGAAAGAGUAUUAUAAACUGACAUAACAAUCUUCCACUCGUUAUCUGGGGUGUCAGUAUUUGUCCCUCUUUUUCGUUUCAUGAGUUUCAAUGGAGAUUUUCAAACCCUCAUACUUCAACCUUGUUCUUGUUGCUUCAAUGCUCGUUUCCAUAGUGUCUUCCAUUGAUCCCUUCUCAGAAGCACUUUUGAGCUUGAAAUCAGAGCUCAUAGACCAUUCCAACACUUUGAGUGACUGGUUUGUCCCUUCUGAUCCAAACCCAUCUCAAAAAAUCCAAGCUUGUUCAUGGUCUGGUGUCAAAUGUGACAACAACUCAACAAUGGUCACUGGUUUAGACCUCUCUUUGAUGAAUCUUGGUGGUUCGCUAUCAGGAAACCAAUUCAAUCUCUUCACAGACCUUGUUGAUCUCAACCUCAGUUACAAUUCAUUCUCAGAAAAACUUCCAAUUGGGAUUUUCAAUCUCACCAAUCUAAGAACCUUAGACAUCAGCAGAAACAACUUCUCAGGCCAAUUCCCAAAUGGGGUCUCCAACCUCCAUUUCUUGGUGGUUCUUGAUGCCUUUAGCAACAGCUUUUCCGGAGACUUACCCGCCGCGGUCUCAAAAAUUGAGUCCCUCAAAGUGCUAAACCUAGCUGGGAGUUAUUUCAGUGGCCCAAUCCCAUCCCAAUAUGGGUUUUUCAAAAAGCUCGAGUUCGUUCAUUUAGCAGGCAAUUUGCUAAGCGGUGACAUACCACCCGAGCUUGGUCAGCUCGGAACAGUGACCCACAUGGAGAUUGGCUACAACACAUACCAAGGAACCAUACCUUGGCAAUUGGGUAACAUGAGUGAGCUUCAAUACCUUGACAUUGCUGAUUCAAACCUUUCUGGUUCAAUCCCAACCCAACUCACCAACCUCACUAAACUUCACUCACUGUUUUUGUUCAAAAACCAACUCACUGGUUUGGUUCCAUGGGAGUUUAGCAAUGUCAAAACCCUAACAAACCUUGAUCUCUCUGAUAACCAACUUAGUGGGCCCAUCCCUGAGAGCUUUGCUGAGCUGAAGAACCUUAAAUUGUUGAGUCUGAUGUACAACAACAUGAAUGGCACUGUACCACAAGGUAUUGCAGAGCUUCCAUCACUUGAGACUCUUUUGAUUUGGAACAAUUUCUUUGAUGGGUCACUCCCAAAAAGCUUGGGAACAAACUCAAAGCUCAGAUGGAUUGAUGUUUCAACCAACAAUUUCAAUGGAAACAUUCCAGAUGGUGUGUGUUCAGGAGGGGUUUUGCUCAAGUUGAUCCUCUUUUCAAAUAAUUUUUCGGGCGGGCUAUCUCCGUCACUCACCAACUGUUCGUCGCUUGUUCGCUUACGAAUCGAAAACAAUUCAUUCUCAGGUGAUAUCCCUUUGAAAUUCAGUGAUUUGCCCGAUAUUGAGUAUGUCGAUUUGUCAAGAAACCGAUUCACAGGUGGGAUUCCUGGUGAUAUAUACCAAGCUGCCAAGCUUCAAUAUUUCAAUGUGUCAAAUAAUCCUGAGCUUGGAGGUGUAAUCCCGGAAAAAACAUUGUCUCUGCCGCUUCUUCAGAACUUUUCAGCCUCUUUUUGUAACAUUACCGGUAAUCUUCCAACUUUCCAAUCAUGCAAUUCUCUGUCUGUGAUUGAAUUGAGCAGGAACAAGAUAUCAGGUAAUGUCCCGGGAAGCAUAUCAGAUUGCCAGGUUCUUGAGAGGAUCGAUUUUGCUAACAACAACUUGACAGGUCACUUGUUAGAGGAGAUUGGUAGUCUUCCUAAUCUGGGUAUUGUAGAUUUUUCGUUCAAUCACUUCAACGGUUCAAUACCGGCAAAGCUUGCUGAUUCUUGGAGCCUAAGGGUUUUGAACGUGUCGUUCAAUAAUCUCUCCGGUUCCAUUCCACCCAAAAAGAAGUUCAGAUUGAUGGGUAAUAGUGCUUUUGUGGGAAAUCCGGGGUUGUGUGGAGUACCCUUGCAAUCUUGUCCCGGGACAGCAAAAUUUCCCAAUGGACUCCAAUUGGGAAUCAGCAAGACACAAAAAUUUGCUUGGGUUCUCAUACUAUGUGCUGUGGUGGUUCUGUGCAUAACACUUUCAGUUUUUGGCAUAUUCUACUUUCGAAAUGGAAGCAAAAGGCGGUGGAAAAUGGUUUCGUUCACUGGAUUCCCUGAAUUCACAGCAAAUGAUGUUUUGAAAAGUUUCAAUUCUAUGGAAACCGACGAGACGACACCUCCAUUGUCAAGUUCAGUUUGCAAAGCGGUUUUGCCAACAGGGAUUACUGUUUCAGUGAAGAAGAUUGAGGUGGAUCAAAAGAAGAUGACCGCUAUGAUAGAAUUUAUAACUCGUUUGGGUGAUACGAGGCACAAGAAUUUGGUCAGAUUGUUGGGUUUUUGCUACAACAAGAGUUUAGCUUAUCUUUUGUAUGAUUACUUGCCUAAUGGAAAUCUGUCUGAGAAGAUCAAAAUGAAGAGAGAUUGGGCAGCCAAGUAUAGAAUUGUGAUUGGCAUGGCAAGGGGGCUUUGUUUCCUUCAUCAUGAUUGUUGUCCUGCAAUUCCACAUGGGGAUUUGAAGGCAAGUAACAUAGUGUUUGAUGAAAAUAUGGAGCCUCAGUUAGUGGAAUUCGGGUUUAAAUUUCUGAAACAAUGGAACAGCAAUCCAUUUCCAGUAGCAAAUUCCAAGAUUGAAACAGGUGAAUUCAACACUGCCAUAAAGGAGGAACUCUACACGGACAUCUACAACUUUGGGGAGGUCAUUCUUGAACUUUUAACCAAUGGUAGGCUGAUAAGUGGAGGAAGCAUACAUGGCAAACCAAUGGAGACACUUCUAAGUGAGAUUUACCAGGAAAAUGAAGUUGGUUCCUCCAAUUCAUCUAGAGAUGAGAUAAAGAUGGUUCUUGAAGUUGCUUUGCUCUGCACCAAAAGUAGGCCUUCUGAGAGGCCAUCCAUGGAAGAUGCAUUGAAGCUUCUCUCCGGGUCGAAGCCGCACACAAAAUAACAGAACUCGUUAACUAGAAAAAUGAUGACUCAGUGCAUGAGACUCCUGGUUAACGAACCAUCAACAGAUAUUACGAGUAGUUUAGCUGAUAAUAAAGAAAGUUUGAUUUUUCUUCUUUUUUUUUUUCCGAGUGGAGGAAGAAUGUUGUGCAUAAUGUAGGUACGUAAGGUGAGGGAGAAGGGCUGUUGGGGCUCGAACCACGGACCAGAUGAGUAGGAGUUGAAGGGCCCAACCACUGGGCUGUUAUCUGCUUUGCUCAUUGAAUUGCAUUUGGUUGAUAGCAUGUUUCUGUCACUUUUAUUAGAACUCCAUGUUGUAAAAUAGAGGCCUCUAUAGUUUUGUGGAUUCUUAUCUUGUGUAAUUAGUGAAUUGAUUACUGUAUUUGGUUAAUCUCUCCCUCUGAAUAUAUAUAAAAAAAUGGUUAUAAUUUCAUGUU